UUUGCAGUGGGGUUUGCCCUCCGUAAGCCGUGAGCGAUUUCUGAGGGAUUUCCAAAGACUGUGUCUUCAGAAUUUUGUUGGGUUUGGGUGUUUGGUUUUUUUUCUUUAGGUCAGUUUUCAUGGGGCGCUCUGAGGUUCUAUUGCUUGCGCUCUCCUGCUCCGCCUGAGCAACACUGAGAAUAGGAGGGUUGCCCCUUCUCAAGUGAGUAAGUAGACCUCUCUGCAGCCCCAGAAGACUUGGAAAUGCAGGUGAAUUUUCUUCUCUUACUCUUCAGUAUCAACAACCCCAAAAGGUAGCCAGCUAAACAGGUGGAACUGAUCUGCGUAGUCCUUCACCGUUUUGUGGCACCCUAAGCUGUGUGUUUGUGGCAAAAAAUACCUUCUGUCUUUCACAGGACCCCAUCCCUCGUGUGAUGCCUGAAGUGGUGUAAGACGGAGGAGUGCCAUUGGAAGAUUAAUGUCCGCGAGGCGCAGCAUGUAGCCCCCAGCCCCACCUCACCAUGCUGGACCAUGUAUUCCCUGUGCAUGAGGUGAGUGGUCCCAGACCUGCAGCUUGAAACUUUCAGGUCUGUAUUUCCCCACAGGUGCAGGUGAAUUCACACCGGUACCUAGGGAAGAUACAGUUUUCGGAAGGUAAGGAUUUAGCCUGGUGGUCCUGACCUUCUCUGUGUGGAACUGUGCCUGCUGGGAAUUAGGAGUCUCCAAAUUUUAAAACAAGCAAACAAACAAAAAAUCCUUCCUGACAUAAACUGCGGUGUGGUAACAUUACUGAGUACUGUUAGAUGUCUGCCACGUUCCAGUGAUAGCUUUUCAGUAGAGAUUAUUUUAUUAUGGAAAGUCAGUUAAGUGCUUUGUGUUUCUUCUUGGCUAAGAUCAUAGAAAGAACAUGAAAUCCUAUAAACCAGGCUUCUUAGUUGACAACAACUAUAGCCUUUUAACGUAUAACAAAAGAAAAUAAGAAACUUCAUUUCUGAUCAGAAUAAAAAGAAUGUAAGAAAAUGUUAAAAAAAAAGAACACUUCUUACAUCUCAGCUUUGUAUAUAACUUUUUUCCAUAUGUGUUAUCAAUAGGUAUAAAUAUCAGAACUUAAUUAAAAGUAUAAUAAUAAUGUGAGAAGAAUAUCCAGACACAGUCUGUUAACUGUUUUCUAUUAGAAUGGUAAUUAACAAUGUGAAUAUUGAAGUGAAACCGAAGAACACUUAACCUCUUCUGCAUCUGAGCUAUAUGAAGAUAUUUUUUUUUUCUAGUUACAGUUGUUGAUGGCCAACUAUCGCUAUGUAACAUGUCUAGCAAGCCUCAGUAGAGAGAGGCAAAGACCCUGUCCGUCAUGAUUUGUGUUUAUUGGCUUAGCUUCAGACACAGGCCAUGACAAAAUCCUACAAUGCCAUUUUGAGUGGGUGAAGUGAAGGGGGGAAAAAGGGGAUAAAAAAAAAAAAUGCCCAAGCAAACAGCAGUGACGAUUACUUUGGCGACCCUGCUGGGUAUUGCAGUGGGGGGCCUGGUUUUGUGGAAGGCAACCCAGCGUCGGAAAGGAAAAGCAUGCUGUAGUAGUCAGCGAGAGGAAGCAGUUGUAAACUCAGGAGAUGAGAAACUGAUUAAGGCAGAGGAUAAGGAGGUGCUUUCCUUCUUCAGAUGUCCCACCUUUUCCUGGGUAGAGAGGACCCUUGGUGCAGACAUAGUGAUAGUUUCAGAGCAGGAGGAGUGGGAUCGUGCUGAACCUUUGCUGAAGAAGGAGCUGGAGAAGUGGCCAGUGCUUGGCAUUGAUUGUGAGUGGGUAUCUGUGGAGGGAAAAGCAAGUCCUGUAUCCCUCCUGCAGAUGGCUUCUUCCAGUGGCCUCUGCAUUCUUGUUCGGUUGCCCAGGCUUGUUGCCAGUGGACAGACUAUCCCAAAGACCCUGUUGGACAUCAUGGCAGACAGUGCUGUGUUGAAAGUUGGGGUAGGGUGCUGGGAAGAUGCUUGCAAGUUACUUCAUGAUUAUGGUCUUCCAGUCAAAGGGAGCGUGGAUCUCCGGUAUUUAGCCAUGAGGCAGAGGAAGGAUCUACUUCACAACUGCCUUAGCCUUAAGUCUUUAGCUGAAAAAGUCCUGAACUGCCCGCUUGACAAGUCUCCUCAUGUGCGUUGCAGCAACUGGGAGGCAGAAGAACUGACACAAGAUCAGGUUCUCUAUGCUGCUCGGGAUGCCCAGGUCUCAGUGGCUCUGUUCCUCCAUUUGCUGGGAUUUGCCAGCCUCCCUGCUACAUCUGAUAGUGAAAACUCUGUCGCUGCUUGGGAAAAAGCACUGGGUAAAUGCCGGGGCUUGGUGGAUAUCCCAUUUAGAGGAAGAAGGAGUGGCAGCACCGGAGAGGAGAAGAGUGGAGAGGGACGCUCCCCUCAGAAAACAAAGAAUCGGAAAUCUUCGGUGAAUGGCCAGCCCUCUGGCAGUCAGCAAGUGAGAGAUCCUCGGAGACAGAAGCGAAAGCCUCUGGGUGUGGGAUAUUCCGCAAGAAAAUCUCCACUGUAUGACAACUGCUUCCUGCAUGCACCAGAUGGACAGCCCCUGUGCACUUGUGAUCGCAAGAAGGCUCAGUGGUACCUGGACAAGGGGAUUGGAGAGCUAGUUAGCACAGACCCAUUUGUGGUGAAGCUGCGGUUUGAGCCUUCAGGACGUCCCGAGUCUCAAGUUGAUUAUUAUCUGACAGUCAAAGAGAACCUGUGUGUUGUAUGUGGCAAGCGAGAGUCCUAUAUCCGGAAGAACAUAGUUCCUCACGAAUACCGAAGACACUUCCCCAUCCAGAUGAAGGACCACAACUCCCAUGAUGUGCUCUUACUCUGCACAUCCUGCCAUGCCAUCUCCAAUUACUAUGACAACCAUCUCAAGCAGCAGCUGGCUGAGGAGUUUGGGGCACCCAUUGGCUCUGAAGAAGGCGUGCGUCUGCUGGAGGACCCUCUGCGCAGGCAAGUGCGCUCAGGGGCCCGAGCCCUGCUGAAUGCAGAUGGCCUGCCUGACCCCCGAAGGGCAGAACUUCUGCAAAGCAUCAAGGACUUCUUUAACACAGACGCAGUCACCCCAGAGGUGCUCCGGGAAGCAGCUGGUCUGGAAACCAGGAUCUGCAAUGAGAGCUACAUGCCACAUGGACUGAAGGUGGUGCAGUGUUUUGCUAAAGGAGGCCUGCGCUCCCUUAUGCAGUUGGAGAGACGCUGGCGGCAGCAUUUCUUGGACAGCAUGCAGCCCAAGCACCUCCCGGAGCAAUGGUCAGUGGACCAUAACCACAUGAAGCUGAUCCGAAAGUAUGGGGAGGAUCUUCAGAUUGAGCUGUCAUGAGACUAACUUCCUGGACUCUAUCUAGUGUCUAAUGGACAUAUGUAACUGAAGGUGGAAGGACUGCUUUUGCUUCUAUGUCUCCACUAACAUCUGGGCCUGGGUUUGCAAACAGGCAGCAGUGAUCUGCCAGAUUUGGCGUUUUAUAGAGUUAAAUCUAUUGACUUGAAUUUUCGGGUGAUUUGGAAUUUUUAAUCCUAGUCUGUCACUGACUAGUUCAGUGCACGAGUGAUACACUAAGGGAACUUGUCUUCUUGAAGUGACUAUGGAGAGUUAUUUUCUACCUUCUAGGAUGGCUGAUGCCUCCAGGCCGUCUCUCUUAACACAGAGCACAAUAUAUGAACAUUUCCAGGUUUUCCAACAGAUACAUCUGCACAUUUAGCUGUACCUUGAGAGUCUCCUGAUAAAAGUCUUUGCUUUCAGUAUGUUUGUACUCAAAUGAGUUCUUCUCAGAGAAGACUCCCUGCCAGCGAGAGAUUCCUUGUUUGGAAGUGACAAAGAAACCUUACCUUUUUUUGCAGAUUCUGAGCUGUAUCAGCAUUGCAUAUAGGCCUCAGUGAGUUCCCUGGUGGCAGGUGCCUGAUGAGAAGCAACAUUCUGACUCUGGCAGUAUGGAAGUAUUUUCUUAAUGUGAAAAGACUUCCUUAAUUUCUUAAAAGACACGUCAAGUCUUUUCUUAAACAGCUUCCAGCAACACACAGUCUGUAGAAAAUGUUAUUUCCUACUUGCACUUGUUUAUCAUGGAUGGCUCUUGGUGCAUACCUUUCCAUAUCAGACUGAAAUGGGGUCAGGUGUCUUAAAAGGGAUGAGAGGAAACAAAUUUUAUUUAAGGACCAGCAUCUUCUAAGAGGUCAGACCACGUGUGGCAGAAAACUGGAAAACCUGGUUUUCUGUUCCUGGAUUUGACGUGUGUGGUGGUGAGCAGAUCAUACUCUCUCCAUGCCUGUUUCCCUGUCUCUAAAAUGGGACUAAUAAUACUUACCUAUCUCACAAGAGUGUUGUGAGGCUUAAUUCAUGUUUUUGUAAAAUGCUUUGAAAAUAUAAGCUAGUGUGUGCUAAUUAUUACUGUGGUUUUUUAAAAUGUGCUGCUGCCUGACUUUUGUAAAUAUUCAUGGUUUUUGCCUGGUGCUAGAACUUAGUUAAAUAUAACUUUUUAAAAAUACGUACCCCUUUCUGUGAAAUUGCUUUUGAUUAUUUUGAUUGCAUGAGAUGAGUGUGCUUCUCCUGAAUGAUGAAGCUAUGAUCAACUUUUAUACAUCUCUGCAAAGACGUUUCAGUAAAACCCUGAAGUCAUACUUCACACUGCUGCCUAUAGCACAGUUGACCCAUAUUUUAUUAUAACAUUUGGGCAGAAUCAUGGACCUGCUGUGAUUGUGGCUGAAACUCUCCUUUACCAGAUAAUUCAAGAAAUUUCACAGGCCAGGGGUGAAAAACCUGUCUGUAACAGAGUCUGUUUGAGAUAAGUAGGAGCCGUGGACAAAUGGUGCGUUAAUGCCAUCCCAGAGGAGCUGCAGUAGCAACCUGAGCACAAGGGAAUCAAAGAUUCAUGAUAAAUACUACUUAUCACAGAGCUGCAAAUGAGACCGUUUUCAUUAUAAGGGCAAUUUUAUUCCUUUCCUGUACUGCUGACAGGUCUUAACAAAAACUGAUCUAGCCAAUGUGUUCUGUCUCUGUGCUCAUUCGCACAGCUGAUUGUAAUCUCAGCAAGAACCUCCUGCCUACAGCAGCAGCUUGGAUAUAACCAUUUCUCUCCAAAGCAUUUUGAGCAUGUGUUCAGAUAGUGCUGUCUCCUAUCUUUAGUGCCAUCUGAUCAGGGUGGCGAGAGCUCUUUGCAUGGCUCAGAAACUCCUUUUCAACCAUCAGGAGUACAAGGUGUCUGUCUCGCUUCUUCAUUCUGCUUUGGUUUUCUCCCUUUGUUCGGAUGCAGGAGCUCCUGAUAAAGCUGUCCUUGUUUAAUGGAACCGAUGGGCUGACCGCAGGGCUGCUGCCUUUUCUGUUUGUUGAGACAAGAAAAUGAUGUUGAGACAAGAAUUGGGCUACAGGUCCGCUAAAUUUAAGGAGUCAGUGGUGUCACUGAAGAGUUUUGUGGGCUUUUAUUUUUUCCCAAAUCACUUGUUCAGAAAUUAGAAAUUUGCAAGGAAACUUCCUUCAUAAAUAUUUUCUUAACUAAGAUUCUUUGUUGUUUGUAAGAUAUCCUUAACUUGCAUCAUUUUAAGUCAACCUGAAAGAGGAGGGGAAGUGGUGUAUUUAU